UCUUCAGCUGCUACGCCCUCCGACCUCCGCACGCAGACACGGCCCUCCUUCGGCGUUUCAUCGACCGAAAUCGGUUCAUAUAAUCUGACCCUCAUCGCGGAUCGUGCUGAUGAUGUCGAGCGCAGCGAUUUGAUCAAAUAACCAGGAGUUACAACUAUUACGUAUCUGGAAAUACGAAAGGGCAGAAUCUUUAGUGCUGCCUUGACUCUCGAGGAAGAUCCUCCAAUUAAGAUCAAAUGGCCGGCAAGCGUAUUCUUAUCCUCUCCACUUCUCACGACCAGCUGCUUGGUGGAGGUCCAACCGGUCUAUGGGCUGAAGAAUUGAUUGCCCCUUACUAUGCUUUCAAGGAGGCAGGAGCUCAUGUGGACAUUAUCAGCGUGAAGGGAGGCAAAAUUCCUCUCGACCAAGGCAGUUUGGCAGAGGGAAUGGUAACACCGGAGGUGAAGACGUUUUUGAAAGAAGACAGUUUGAGGAGUUUAGUCGAAAAUACGAAACCCGUGAGCGAGUUCAAAGAUGCAGCUCAAUCCUACGAUGCCAUAUUUGUGCCAGGUGGCCAUGGAGUUUGUUUUGAUGUCGCCUCAGACAAAACCUGCAUCAGUCUAUUGGAAAGUUUCUGGGCGGCAAAUAAGGUUGUCGGUGCUGUUUGCCAUGGUCCUUGUGGACUUGUGGAAGUGAAAGAUCCAAGUGGCAACCCGAUUGUAAAAGAUAGAACGGUUACGGGCUUUACCAACUCUGAAGAAGAAGCUGUUGGGAAAACUGAUAAAGUACCUUUUCUGCUGGAAAGUAGACUGAUUGAGCUCGGCGGUAAAUUCGAGAAAACUGGUGAUUGGCAACCAUUCGCCGUCAAAGACGGAAAGCUUGUAACUGGUCAAAAUCCAGCCAGUUCAGCGAAAGUGGCGAAGCUGAUUCUUGAAGUUUGUGCUUAAAAUAGAUCUAAAUGUGGCGUUGGCAGUUGGAUGUCUAAACUCCAGAUAAGAACUGUGUUUACCAACAAAGUUUUGACUGAUAUAAAAAAUGCAUUUAUAAUCGGUAUUAGUUGCAGGUUAUCUUUAUGUUUCUUGUAUCAGUGAAAGCUGUGGAGGAAAUACUGUUCUUAUCUGAGUGGAUAAUUCAUUU